CUGAGGGCAUUACUUUUCAUACACAUUCACAACUGACAGAAACCAAACGUCUUCAGGAGACCAGCUUCUGUAUCAGGAAUGACUGAACCUAAAAGAAUACUGCCAGUGACCAUGCGGGGCAGGGUUCAACUGUCACCUGCAGUGUGUGCGGCGCACUGGGACGGAAUGGAACGGCUGUUCAGCGCUGUGUUCCUGCUCUCCGGAUUUUUGGCACAAUCAGGAGGCACAGAAAACCUGGUGAACUGCAUUGUUGGAAAGGCAUGUAUGCUGCCCUGCCGGUUCUCGGCAGCAGGCUCUGAGGUGAUUCACUGGUACCGAGGGGACACAGUGAUCCACAGCUUCUACUAUGGCCAGGACCAGCUAGCCAAACAGAACUUGGACUUUCACAACAGGACGUCUCUGUUCGAAAACCAGAUUGCCAGUGGGAAUGCAUCGCUUCUCCUGCGUGGGGUAAAAAUCCAGGAUGGUGGGAGGUACAGGUGCUACAGUAGCACUUUGCAGGGGAGUCUAGAGCUCUUCGUCCACCUGAAGGUCUCAGCUCCCAUUCAAUCAGUGGACAUGGAAGCGACAAGAGAGAAGGUUCGCUGUUUGUCACGGAAUAUCUACCCUGCCCCCAAUGUCUCGUGGUCCACCAGCCCUAGUGAACUAUCUGAUGUCCUGCAAGCAUCCACUAAUUGCACUAAGCAGGCAGAUGGUCUCUUUUCAGUAGAGGGUGAAAUAAGAAUUCUAGGAACUCGCUCAGAUCUCACCUACAUCUGCUCCAUCACUUCUGCAGACAAAACACAAACAUGGAGAAUUUCGCUGAAGUCCCAAGAUAUGACAGGGACAGUGGGCCAGGCUCUCACCAUCCCCUGCCUUGCUCAACGGGAACUGACCGACUUCACACUCGUCUGGAGCUUCAUGAGACAAGAACAGUUUUCCAACAUCCUCACCUUCAACAGCCGCACCGGAGAGAGGACCACAAAUUGGUCUCACCAGGCCAAGCUGGAUGAAACCCAGGCACAAUCAGGGAAUGGAUCCCUCCAGCUCCAGAACCUGAACAGCCAGGAGAAUGCAGGGACAUACAACUGUACCUUCUCAGGCUUCCAGAGCACACACACUGUCCUCACACACAUCAACAUUACAGGUGCAGCAACAGAUGGAAGCUUCAGCAACGUGAAGAUCAUUGUGGGUGUGAUCAGUGUAGUUCUCAUCUUGUUCCUACUGGGAGUUGGUGGCUAUUGCAUCUAUGUUAAAAAAAAAGGAUGUUCAAAGAAGAACAAUCAACAAUCACCUCAAAAUAAAGAGAUGGAACCUAUGAACCACAACCAGAAUUAAAUAAUUGCAAACAAA